UCGUGUUUCACUCGGCUGAGUCGGGUGGGGGGUGGGGGGGCACCUGCUCCGCGUCCGCGUCCACGGCCGCCGGGGGACGAAGGACCGGGACGCGUCGCUCGGUGAAAGUCAAGUGGCGCAUGUCAGCCACACUUAAGAUGGCCGACCGUGACGGCCAUGUUUGCUCCAUGUGACGCGGGGGCCGCCGAGCAAUGCUCUAUUUUUAGGAGCGGCCCGAAGCGCGACUGUGAGCUGUCUUAGGUCAUUCUGUUGUCUGCGGCUAGCGGCGCAAGCUAACCUAGCGUUCCACCGUGACGACCCCCGUUCAUGGUGGGAGUACAUCCCCAAGCAAGCUGCUCCUUCCUCUGGACGGAAAUGCGUCCGGCCGGCUUCACACAUCCACUUUUCGCGGACUGGAGUCGCUUCUUGCGGCGUCUCAUGGACGCAGCUGUUUCCGUUUCAUAUUCAAGUAUCUCACUGCGAUGGGCUGGCAACCGGUUCAGGGCGUACCCCGCCUCCUGGCCGAUGAUCGCUGGGAUGGGCUCCGGCACGCCCGCGACCCGCGUGAGGAGAAGCGCGACAGAAAAUGGAUGGAUGGAUGGAUGCAUGCAGUAUCUCCACAUUAUUCAAUGCAAGGACCACUUGCAAUUUUGGAAGAAGCAAGAUGUCGUCGGCGGGCAGCACCUGCGUGAAAGCUGUUUUGGAUUUCAAGUGAGGACAAAAAGGACGACAGGCUGCUGGGACAAAACCAUCCCGCAAACACUACAUUCACGCAGUCUUUCCCGGUGUGGCCGGCCAAUGCCGGGCCCGUCGCGGGCGUCUGCCGGCGGUCGCAGCAGUCGCGCUGGCGUGCCCGUGAGCGCCCCCUAGACCGCCGCCCGGCCCCGCCCCGCCCGCACCCGGCCCACGAUGCCGUCGUCCACGCGGAAAGGGGCGCCCAAGGACCCCGAGCUGGCCGAGCUCUUCUUCAAAGACGACCCAGAGGAUGUCUUCUGCGACCUGCACGAGAUCGGACAUGGUAGCUUCGGGGCCGUCUACUUUGCCCGCAACUCCUAUUCCAACGAGGUGGUGGCCAUCAAGAAGAUGUCCUACAAUGGCAAGCAGACUACUGAAAAGUGGCAGGACAUCAUCAAGGAGGUGAAGUUUUUGGGGCAGCUGCGGCACCCCAACACCAUCGAAUACAAAGGCUGCUACCUGAAAGACAACACUGCUUGGCUAGUGAUGGAGUACUGCCUGGGCUCCGCGUCGGAUUUACUCGAGGUUCACAAGAAGCCGCUGCAAGAGGUGGAAAUCGCUGCCAUUUCCCACGGUGCCUUGCUCGGACUGGCUUACUUGCAUUGCCACAACAUGAUUCACAGAGACGUGAAGGCGGGCAACAUCCUGCUGACGGAGGCGGGCCACGUCAAACUGGCCGACUUUGGCUCCGCCUCCAUCGCCUCGCCCGCCAACUCCUUCGUGGGGACGCCGUACUGGAUGGCGCCCGAAGUGAUCCUGGCCAUGGACGAGGGCCAGUACGAAGGCAAAGUGGACGUGUGGUCGCUGGGCAUCACCUGCAUCGAGUUGGCCGAACGCAAGCCGCCGCUGUUCAACAUGAACGCCAUGAGUGCCUUAUAUCACAUCGCGCAGAACGACUCGCCCGCCCUGCAGGCCAGCGACUGGUCUGACCCUUUCCGGAGCUUUGUGGACUACUGCCUACUGAAAAUUCCUCAGGACCGGCCCUCGUCGGGGGAGCUGCUACGACACGACUUUGUGCGACGGGAGCGGUCGCCCAGGAUCCUCCUGGACCUGAUCCAGAGGACCAAGGACGCCGUGCGCGAACUGGACAACCUGCAGUACCGCAAGAUGAAGAAGAUCCUCUACCAGGAGAAGCACAACGGACCAAUGGGGGAGAGCCAGGAGGAAGAGGAGGACAGCGAGGCGGCCAGCUGCAAGAUGAACAGCCUGGGCAGCAACCGCUCCGUGCCCAGCGCCUCGCUCAGCACGGGCAGCCGCGGCAGCAGCGUCAACAGCCUGCAGGACGUUCUGGACGACGUGACCGCCGCGCAGCCGCGAGACUACGGCGGCACCCCGGACUCGUCCGCGCACGGCCACAAGGAGCGGCAGUACAACUGGGACGACGACGGCCUUCAACGCAAGAGCAGCCAGGCCCGGAACUACAAGAACCAGACCUGCUUUGCCACCAUCAAGUCUGCGUCCUUGGUGACCAAGCAGAUCCACGAGCACGAGCAGGAUAGCGAGCUCCGCGAGCAGAUGUCGGGCUACAAGCGCAUGCGGAGGCAACACCAGAAGCAGCUGAUCGCCCUGGAGAACAAACUCAAGGCCGAGAUGGACGAGCAUCGCCUCAAACUGCACAAGGAGGUCGAGACCCAGGCCAACAACGCCUUCAUCGAGCUGGAGAAGCUGGCCAAGAGGCACGCCGCGCACGCCGACAAGGAGGCGAAGGCGACGCUGGCGGACGAGAAGAAGUUCCAGCAGCAGAUGUUGGCGCAGCAGAAAAAGGAGCUCAGCGCAUUCCUGGACACGCAGAAGAAGCAGUACAAACUCUGCAAGGAGAAGAUCAAAGAGGAGAUGAGCGAGGACCGCAGCACGCCCAAGAAGGAGAAGCAGGAGCGUCUGUCCAAGCACAAGGAGAACAUGCAGCACUCGCAGGCCGAGGAGGAGGCCGACCUGCUGGCCCGCCAGCGCCUUCGCCUGGAGCGCCGCGCCCGCGCCUUCAAGCGCGGCGCCCUGGUCGCCAGGCACCGCCUGGAGCAGGAGCACGCGCGAGAGGAGCUGAACAAGAAGAAGAGCCACAAGGAGGCGGAGCACGCCGCGCUGAUCCGCCACGACGAGUCCACGCGGGAGCUGGAGGGCCGGCAGCUGCGCAGCCUCCAGAAGCUGCGCGUGGACCUGAUCCGCCUGCAGCACCAGACGGAACUGGACAACCAGAUGGAGUACAACGCCCGGCGCCAGAGGGAGCUGCGCCGCAAGCACGUGCUGCAGCUCCGCCAGCAGCCCAAGAACAUCAAGGCGCUGGAGCUGCAGAUCAAGAAGCAGUUCCAGGACACGUGCAAGGUGCAGAGCAAGCAGCACAAGGCGCUGCGCCACCACCAGCUGGAGGUGACGCCCAAGGGCGAGCACAAGGGCGCGCUCAAGGCGCUGAAGGACGAGCACACGCGCAAGCUGGCCGUCCUGGCCGAGCGCUACGAGCAGAGCAUCAACCGCAUGAUGGCCGAGCAGGCGCUGCGUCUGGACUCGUCGCAGGAGUCGGCGUGCCAGGCGCUGCUGGAGCAGCUGCGGCAGGAGCUGGAGCUGCUCAACGCCUACCAGAGCAAAAUCAAGACGCAGACGGACGCGCAGCACCAGCGCGAGCUGCAAAAGCUCCAGCAGAAGGUCGCGCUCAGACGCGCGCACCUCCAGCACAAGAUGGAAGAGGAGCUGCUGUCGCUGCAGAAGGAUCGCACGGAGCGCAUCAAACAUCUGCUGGAGCGUCACGAACGCGAGCUGGACGCCUUCGACGCGGAGAGCGCGCGCCUGGGCUCGGGGAACUCGGCCGCCGCCGCCAAGGACGACGACUACAGAUGAGGUCGCCACGCCGCCGUCGGGCCCCUUUUCGCUUUCUUCUUCUUCUCGGGACCGACACGCGAGAGGCGUGUCCAGAAAACGAGACGAGCGUUUCUCGGCGCUCGCAGCUAUCGUGAAUAAUACGAAUUAUUAUUCGUUCUGAAUCGUGCUAAUAAUAAUAAUGCUAAUAGGAAGGUGUGGUGGGGGUUUAAGCACAAAGGGCUCGUUGCCGGCGACUUUGUACAGAAGGAUUUCGGGAGAGCUUUUCCCUAUUUUCGUAUUCAAUUUGAAGUGGGAUUUCACAGGCAAAAAUCUGAUUUCUUCUCCGAUCCGUGUUGCGAUUCCGUCAUUUUCUUGCGACGACGAUUGCGUGCACUUUAAUCACGGCGUCCGCCAUCAAACGAGCGCUGUUGGCGUUGACGAGCUUUUAAUUGUAUUUGUAAAUAAAGUGCUGCUGCUGACACAACACGCACGCACGUCUUCUUGUGCGUUCAUUGCACAACACACACACACGUUUUGUCUUUUUGUAAAAAUAUUUUUGAAGAAAUAAAUAAAACACUUUGGGGUUUUUUGUUAAAUAUUUAACCAAAUGUGACUUAAAUGUUUGAAACUUUUUUUUGUGUAUCAGAUACGAAAUAGUCGCCAACUUUUUGUGAUUGUUUUUCUUUGGACUUUUUGGUGACAUUAAAAUGCCUUUUUGUCAA